AUGGAGCUGGAUGGUCAAGAGCGAAGGGAGCCCCGGGACUCCCAGGAACCCACCAGACCUGAGGUCCCCAGGGAUGAUGGUAGGGUGGAGGAACCAGGAGUUCCAGAAGAGAUAGAUGUGGUGAGGGGCCCUGGGGAAGCAAGAAGUGUGGAGCGGCCUGACCUCUCCAGUGAUGUGGUCAUGGUGAGGGUCUCUGAAGAGAGCCAGGUGGAAACACCAGAAACCCUGGAGGACAGAAGAAGAGUAAGAAGAGUGGGGAUGCUGCUGCAAAUACAGGAGGCAAGAAGUGGGGAGGAAUCCGAGGUGUCUGGAGAGAUCAGCGAGUCGGUGGUCUCUAAGGGCAAGACCCCAGGAAGGCAAAAGGGGCAGUGGAGAAAUCGUCAGCGGGAGCUGGCCGAGCAAGUGGGCAAUCAGCAGGAGGAAGAAGGGAAUUUAGGACAGGUUAGCCAGAACCAAAAGCCUGACAUGAAAAGGACAGAGCAGCACAAUAGCUUACAGUCAGUGAAGCGCAGGAGCGCAGACUCCAGUCUGUUUGGCCGCCGCAAGAGUCAGGGCAAGUACCGCCCGGAAAAGAAGCCCAACCUGCAGAGCCUCCCUAAGCCUUCAGCUGCGGUCAGUCCGACCGUGGCUCGUCGCUGGACCUUGACUCCUCGGGUGUCCCUAGUGCCUAUGGUUCACCGGGGACCUCGAACGUCCCUAUUGACUCCAAUAUCUCUGACACCUCAGGUGUCCCUGGGUCUGGACACCUUAAGGACUUCAGAGUCGUCUCCAGGACAAAGGCGACCUACCAUCCGCUUCAGCCUCUGCCCCAACCCAUCUCGCCGCCCAUCACAGCGGUCCACUGGACCCUGCGUCUCUCUCUUCAGUGCUUUCAACGAGCUGGCAAAGCUGGGCGACCCGAAUCUGCUGGAGAUGGUGGAGGAGGAAGGCUUAAGAGCCAAAAGCAUGGACUAUUCUUUCCAAAGAAAUGAGAGCUUGAACGGCAAGGAGACCAGCUUUCUCAUCAGUACAGAGCCAGAGGCACUGUUUCAAAAAAGGGAACAAAGCAAAGAUUCAGUCUUCUUCACAGAUGGAAUUAGACAGAUCGACUUUGUCCUUUCCUACGUGGAUGAUAUGAAGAAAGAUUCAGAGAUAAAGGCAGAAAGAAGACGAGAGUUUGAACUAAAUCUCAGAAAAACAGGUCUUGAAUUGGAAAUCGAAGACAAACUGAACUCUGAAGAUGGAAAAACCUAUUUUGUGAAGAUCCAUGCCCCAUGGGAGGUGCUAGUCACUUAUGCCGAAGUGCUAGGAAUCAAGAUGCCUAUUAAGUUGAGUGACAUCCCGAGGCCAAAGUACCCACCCCUAAGUUACAUGCUCGGGCCUGUGAAGCUCCCAGCCACCGUGAAAUAUCCUAAACCCGAGUAUUUCACUGCUCAGUUCAGCAGACACCGCCAGGAACUCUUCCUCAUUGAAGAUGAGGCCACUUUUUUUCCAUCCUCAGCAAGAAACAGAAUUGUUUAUUAUAUUCUGUCACGAUGCCCUUUUGGAGAAGAAGAGGGGAAGAAAAAGAUUGGCAUUGAAAGACUGCUAAAUACAAAAACUUAUUCAUCUGCCUUCCCACUCCAUGACGGCCAAUAUUGGAAGCCAUCAAAAACUUCUUACAUCAAUGAAAGGUACAUCCUUUGCAAGAACUGGGCUCGGUUUUCCUACUUUUACAAGGAGCAACCUUUUAAUUUGAUUCGGGAUUAUUAUGGAGAAAAAAUCGGUAUCUAUUUUGUGUUCCUCGGGUAUUACACAGAAAUGUUGUUGGUUGCAGCUGUGGUUGGCUUAGCCUGCUUCAUCUACGGCUUGUUAUCAAUGGAAACUAACCAAUCUAGCAUUGAAAUCUGCGACCCCAAAAUCGGAGGCCAGAUGAUCAUGUGCCCACUUUGUGAUGAAAUGUGUGAUUACUGGAGACUGAACACCACGUGUUUGCACUCAAAGUUCUCUCAUCUGUUUGAUAAUGAGUCAACCGUGUUCUUUGCAAUCUUCAUGGGGAUCUGGGUCACACUGUUUCUGGAGUUUUGGAAACAGCGACAAGCCAGGCUUGAGUACGAAUGGGAUCUGGUGGACUUUGAAGAAGAGCAUCAGCAGCUCCAGCUACGGCCAGAGUUCGAAGCUAUGUGUAAACAUAAGAAGAUGAAUUCUGUGACAAAGGAGAUGGAGCCACAUAUGCCUCUGUGUAAUCGCAUCCCAUGGUACUUUGUGUCAGGGACCACAGUGACCUUCUGGAUGGCUCUCCUCCUCAGCAGCAUGGUGUCCAUCAUCAUCUAUCGCCUGUCAGCCUUUGCCAGUUUCUCCAGCUUCAUGGAAAGUGAAGCCACCCUGCAGAGCGUGAAGCGCUUCUUCACCCCGCAGCUGGCCACCUCUUUCUCUGGAUCAUGCCUGAACUGCAUUCUCAUCUUGAUCUUGAAUUUUUUUUAUGAAAAGAUAUCUGCAUGGAUUACAAAAAUGGAAAUUCCUCGAACUUACCAGGAGUAUGAGACCAGCCUCACUCUGAAGAUGUUCCUUUUCCAGUUUGUGAAUUAUUACUCAGCUUGCUUCUAUGUGGCCUUCUUUAAAGGGAAGUUAGUGGGAUAUCCUGGGAAGUACACAUAUAUGUUUGGCAUAUGGAGAAGUGAAGAGUGUGAUCCUGCAGGCUGUCUGGUGGAACUGACAACCCAACUAACCAUCAUCAUGAUUGGGAAACAGAUCUUUGCAAACAUCCAGGAAGCCUGUCAACCCUUGAUUUUUAAUUGGUGGAGACGCCGAAGAUCCCGAACCCACUCUGAGAAACUGUACAGUCGUUGGGAGCAAGAUAAUGACCUUCAGAUUUUUGGGAGCCUUGGGCUGUUCUAUGAGUACUUGGAAACAGUUAUCCAGUUCGGCUUUGUCACACUCUUUGUGGCCUCUUUCCCCUUGGCACCCCUGUUUGCUCUCAUAAACAACAUUGUGGAGAUCCGAGUGGAUGCCUGGAAGCUCACAACUCAGUACAGGAGACCUGUCGCUGCAAAAGCUCACUCCAUAGGCAUCUGGCAAGACAUUCUUUCUGGAAUGGCCAUCCUUUCUGUCGCAACUAAUGCCUUCAUUGUCGCAUUCACAUCUGACAUCAUCCCCCGGCUAGUUUACUUCUACGCCUACUCCAAGAAUUCUACAGAGCCCUUUAAUGGAUAUGUUGAUAACAGCCUGUCAGUGUUCCUGAUAGCUGACUUUCCAAAUUACACAGCACCCAUGGAGAAGAGGGACUUCAACACUUGCAGGUACAGAGAUUACAGGAACCCUCCCGAUCAUGAGGACAAGUAUGCCCCUAGCAUGCAGUUCUGGCAUGUCCUUGCUGCCAAAAUGACCUUCAUCAUAGUAAUGGAACAUGUCGUGUUUCUGUUCAAAUUUUUAUUGGCCUGGAUGAUACCGGAUGUUCCAAAAGAUGUUGUGGACAAAAUCAAACGAGAAAAGUUAAUGACUGUCAAGAUUAUUCAUGACUUUGAGCUCAACAAGCUGAAAGAAGACUUGAAUUUUGAAUAUAAUGACUUCAGUACGGAUACUAAAGAAAAAGAAAACAGAUCCGUGAGCAGCAAAAUCUCAGUCUAACCCCAUAUGAGUGGAGAAGCGGGGUGCCCUUCUCUGUUCACUCUUGCCUCUGGGUUUUGGGCUGGAUGCUGGAAGCCAUGUAUCUACUUGUUUUUCUUUCCUUCUUUUAUUUUUAUUUCAGCGUAUUUAUGGACUUUAAUCAAGGCUGGCAGCGUGCUAUCGGAAGAAAACACAGGCAGGCAUAAUCAACUGGGCUUUCCCAGGGUCUGACUUUCUGGGGUUCUGUAAACAGUUGCAUGUGGGCCCAUGGAUUCAGAAUCAGGGGAAUCAUGGAGUGUUGCUGCUUAGAGUGAAGCCCUGGCCUGGGGAGGAGCUGCUCUGUCACUUCCCGGGGCAACUGCACAUCUCUAUUGUCUUCUCUUGAGUGUCUUCUGUCUCCUUCCCAACAAGAAAAACAUUGUUGGGGCAAACAGCCCCACCAAGUCAUAAAACAUGCGCUGUUGCAAAAUGCACAAAUGAAAGCCGAAAUCAGAUGUCUGGGGAAAUCUCACCUAUUAACAAACACUGGGUAAAAAUCACAGCAGCAGUGUGCCCUUGACAAUGUCAGGUGAGAGUUGGCUUAUGUCAGAAUCCUUUCCUGGUAAAAGUAAAAUUACUUUUUUCCAAGAGACAAAAUGAAUUUUCAUAAAAGACUUCCAGGGGGCUUUAAACACAGUGUUUCCAUUUUGUUGAGUUGCUUCAGCACUAUGAUGACUACAGGUUUCCAAGUAAAGAUACUGUGUGAAGUCAAUAUGUCUUCUUAGGAGUUAAAGAAUGCAAGACAGUGCAUAGAAGUUGACUUACUCAUUUUUAAAGUGAAACUUUUAAAAUUUCUCUGAAAUGCUGAUUUUUGUAUCAUGAAGCCUUUUUGAGCUCUAACCAUUUGUAUAAAUUGGGCAGAAACUGUUUACAAAAUGUGAUAUUCUAUCUCUAAAGAAACUCCAAACUUUGUGAUAAGUUUACAGUCUUUUCAUGGGCUACAUCACUCCUCAAUGUCCAGCGCCUUCGUUCAAUGCCUUUGACACAUGAGAAAUUGUCUAGGUGACUGUUGAUUUGACAUGAUAGAACAUUUCAGAUGUCAACCUUGUCUUCUCUUAGAGAAAUUACCAGUACUGUGUGCACAAAGUUUAUCACCAAAAGAUAAUCAACCAAGUGUGAAGGUGAUAGUAAGGUGGGAAAAAAAAGUAUAUUUGUUGAAUUAUCCUUUCCACAUUUAGGGCUAUGUGGAUAUGCAGCAAUUCUUGUCAUCAGUUCAGUUAAUAAAA